AGUAUAAAAACCCUACUUCUCCUUUUCUCCUUCUUUUCAGUUUCCACUUCCCACUUCCCAUCUCUCUCUCUCUCUCUCUCUCUCUCUCUCUCUCUCUCUCCAUGAUUUCUAGGGUCAGGGUUUCCUCGUUCUGAAGAGAAAUGCAUCUCCAUCUCCUUCUCUAUCUCUUUUCCCUUCUCUUUGUUGCUGUUCUACCUGAAGAUCUCAUCUCUUCCGCCUCCGACGUUCGAUCCCUCCUCGAAUUCAAGAAAGGUAUCCACUCCGAUCCCUCGGGCCGUGUCUUCAGCUCAUGGGACCGGUCUUCCAUCGGAUCCAACGGCUGCCCUAGCAGCUGGCAUGGGAUUGUCUGUGAUGAAGCCAGCGCUUCUGUCUCCGCCAUUGUACUGGAUGGAUUGGGCUUGGUCGGCGAUUUGAAGUUCUCCACCUUGAAUGGACUGAAAAUGCUGAGGAAUCUCAGCCUCUCAGGCAAUUCUUUCACUGGCCGCCUCGUCCCUGCCAUCGGAACGGUUACUUCUCUGCAGCAUUUGGAUCUAUCAGGGAACCAAUUCUACGGUCCAAUCCCAGCUCGGAUCAUGGAGCUCUGGGGUCUGGGGUAUCUCAAUCUAUCAUUGAAUAAUUUCACUGGAUGGAUCCCGAGUGGAAUCCAGAAUCUCCAGCAGCUGAAAUUUCUGGAUUUGCAUUCGAAUGGGAUUGCAGGUGAUGUUGGGAUUCUGUUGUCGGAGCUUCGGAAUACAGAAUAUGUCGAUAUCAGCGGUAAUCACUUCAAUGGCAGGCUUUCUUUGGAUCCACAGAAUAUUUCCAGCUUAGUAAAUACCGUUCGGUAUUUGAAUUUGAGUCACAAUGGGCUGGAUGGGGAGUUCUUUAAGGAUGGUUCGAUGCAGAUGUUUCGGAACUUGGAAGUUUUGGAUGUGAGUCAAAAUCAGAUAAGGGGGCAGCUUCCUUCGUUUGAUCCAUUGCCAUCCCUUCGGGUUUUGUGGGUUGGAAACAAUCUGCUCGAUGGAUCUAUACCACCUGAGCUCUUUGGGAGUUCCAUGCAGCUGGAAGAACUGGAUCUCAGCAGCAAUGGAUUUUCAGGUUCUAUACACAUUAUCAACUCUACAAGUUUGAAGCUUUUGAAUCUUUCAUCAAAUGCACUAUCAGGUUCAUUGCCUUCUACUUUGGGAGGCUGUACAAUAGUGGAUUUGAGUAGAAAUAUGAUUGAUGGUGACAUAUCUGCAAUGCAGAGUUGGGGAGAUAUUUUGGAGGUUAUUGAUCUGAGUUCAAAUGCUUUGUCUGGAAGCUUUACAAAUGCGACUUCUCAAUUUGGGAGUCUGAUUUCCAUCAAGAUCAGAAAUAACUCUUUAGCAGGUGUUCUUCCUGAUGUAAUAGGAAUCUCCCCAAAGUUGACGAGUAUUGACCUUAGCCUUAACAAACUUCAAGGACCAAUACCGAGUAGCUUCUUCACAUCACUGACCUUGACAAAUCUGGAUCUUUCAGGAAAUCACUUAACAGGAAAGAUUCCUCUUCAGAGAUCAGAGUCAAUUGAAUCAUUAAGUCAAACUUCCCAUUCGCACAUGGAGUCUCUUGAUCUCUCUUCUAACUCAUUAACUGGUGCUUUGCCUCCAGAAAUAGGAAACAUGGAGAGGCUUAAAUUUCUCAACCUUGGGAAGAAUCUUUUAUCAGGGCACAUACCGAGUGAAAUCAGCAAGCUUAGUGGUUUGGAGUAUCUUGAUCUGUCUAGCAACAAUUUCACCGGAAAGAUCCCCAAUGGGCUUUCACCAAGUCUAAAAGUAUUCAAUGUGUCUCUCAAUAAUCUAUCAGGUCUUAUUCCUGAAAAUUUAAGGACAUUUCCGAGUACCUCUUUCCGUCCUGGGAACGACUUACUGAGCUUCCCCGAUGGCAUACCUUUACUACAGUCAGGGAGCAAUGGUUCUGGAAUGUACAAUGGGGGGAAGCAUCAUCCUUCGAGGUCUAGUUUCAAAGUCGUAAUCAUUGUUGGCACUGUUGCAGCCAUCAUGAUGAUUGUCUUUGUUUUACUAGCUUAUUAUAGGACACAGUUGCAAGAACUUCAUGGAAGAAAUGGAUUUUGUAGUCAUAAUACAGAAGGAGAUGUUAAGUUGAGGAGAUUCACUCGUCCUAAUAUUUUCAGCUUUCACAAAAACACUGGUCCUGCUCCAAUUUCAUUGCGUUUUUCAAAUGAUCAGUUGCUACCUUCGGAUGCUAGAUCAUCGAUGCCCAGGCAGAAGGAGUAUGUAACUGAGAUUGCAGAACCCGGUCUUCCCAAGGCAAAAGAAGCAGGCCCAGAUAAUGGUCUUUCAACCAUGGGACUGAAGUCCUCUCCAGGUUCCCCAAUGUCCUCCUCGCCCCAUUUUAUUGAGUCAGUUGUGUCUGAGCAGCCUGUGGUGUUAAGUGUCUAUUCACCAGAUCGAUUGGCUGGAGAACUGUUUUUCCUAGACAGUUCACUAGUAUUCACAGCUGAGGAACUAUCUCGUGCUCCUGCAGAAGUUCUUGGUAGAAGCAGCCAUGGGACUUCAUAUAAAGCUACCUUAGAUAGUGGCCACAUGUUGACGGUAAAGUGGUUGCGAGUAGGCCUUGUGAAACGGAAGAAGGAAUUUGCCAAGGAAGUCAAAAGAAUCGGAACUAUCAGACAUCCGAACAUUGUUUCAUUAAGAGGCUACUAUUGGGGACCAAGGGAACAGGAAAGGCUAAUUCUAGCAGACUAUAUCAAUGGAGAUAGCUUGGCACUCCAUCUUUAUGAGACUACUCCUAGAAGAUACUCCCCUUUGUCAUUCAGCCAAAGACUGAAAAUUGCAAUCGAUGUUGCUCGGUGUUUGUAUUACCUCCACCAUGAUAGAGGUCUGCCUCAUGGGAAUCUGAAGCCAACAAAUAUACUACUGGACGGCCCUGAUCUUACAGCGCGGCUGACAGAUUACGGUCUCCACCGUCUUAUGACGCCUAGCGGCACUGCAGAGCAGAUACUGAACUUGGGUGCACUUGGAUACCGGGCUCCAGAGCUUGCCACUGCAAGCAAGCCAUUCCCGUCAUUCAAAGCUGAUGUGUACGCAUUUGGGGUGAUUUUGAUGGAGCUGUUAACUAGAAGAAGUGCCGGUGACAUAAUCUCAGGUCAAUCGGGCGCAGUCGAUCUUACAGAUUGGGUCCGGCUGUGUGCCGAUGAAGGGCGAGGAAUUGAUUGCUUUGACAGAGACAUUGCUGGUGUGGAGGAAGCUCCAAAAGCAAUGGAUGAAGUGCUUGCCAUAUCCCUUGGGUGUAUUCUCCCUGUAAAUGAGAGGCCUAACAUCAGAACAGUCUUUGAAAAUCUUUGUUCCAUAACAGUUUGAUGUUUGUGUACAUGCAUCUCUGAAUUUAGUCCAUUCAGCUCAACUCUCUCUAAUUGUGUUCUCUCUUUUGAGCCCUUAGUUGCUGGGCUGAUAUUCACAUGAGCCCUUCUAGUUGCUGGGCUGAUAUUCACAUGAGCCCUUCUAGUUACUGGGCUGAUAUUCACAUUUUUCAGUUGGUGUAAAGGGGAUGAUUGAUCCAUUGAUUGAUUUGAUAUCUUUCCAAGUUUCAGUGAGAGGUGUUUGUAUUUUUAAUUCUAA